ACUAUUUAUACAACAACCCCAACCCAUAUCCAACUACCAUCUACUACAACUUCCAACAACGAUAUCAACAUCCGCUGUAACCAAACGUGUCAUCUUCCAACAACUACCUCUGUGAUAACAGUUAGCUGGAAGCGGACGUUAACUUGUCAUUUUCAACAACUACCUCUGCGAUAA